GUUGCCACAACGGUCUUCGGAUUUCUGUUCUAUUCGCUGACGGUGAUGGCAUGUUUGAUAUCUCCCUCCUGUCCAUUCCAGACGCCGAUAUCGACGAUAUUGCGCAUGCUACGCAUCGACAGAGUUUUACUCCUGAUAUUUAGACCAGCCUCCAGGCAUUUCCAGCAGCUCACGACUUCAGUGCGUGGUGUGCUGCAACGACUGGUUGGGACCCUCGGAUCGAGAUGGACCUGGUUGUCUGAAGCAUUGAGAGGCCAUGUACGUGCGGUCGGCGCAUUUGCACGGCGAUAUCUUCCACGGGCGUUCGCCACGCUUCGUGACGGGCUGCGAUUCUUUGUUCCACGGUCUUCUACAAAUGUUGUAGACUCGGAAGCACAAUCGCUCGACCAGAAUCAAGAUGUUGUGGCAGAGAACACAUCCGUCCUUGAAGUUGACCUUGACCUCCCUCACGUACCCACCAGCGAUCUCGACGCACCUAGCAUCAAGUGGUUGCUCGAGACAUCUACGGACCCUGAAGUGUUUCUCGCUGCUGCCAGUAUUGUUCCGCAGGUCGAAUGGCCUCUGGAUCUUGACGUCUCAGAUAUGCUGCCUCAGCUGUAUGAUAUUUUCAUGAGCUGCGUCGACACUCAGAGGAAAAUCAUACCGUCGUUGAAGGAGAAGGCCUCGGCAUGUACAUUGGCUCUAAGUCAUCUAUACUGCGGCCGUGUUCUUCAGGCACAUCCUGGCCGUGGUGAAUUCCUCCGCCCUGAGGGGGGAAGAGACUUCAUCUGGUUUCAUUUCAUGAUGCAGCCGGGCACGUGUACAGCCGACAACACGGUGCUCGGCACGACUGGAAAUAUUUGUCUUAUGGAAGAUUCGGAGACCGUGUUUGUUCCAUUUCCUGUUGGGUUGCAGGCUUGUCCCGAUUCCGUCCCGGAGUGGCUGUCACAUGUUCUUCCGUAUCACUUUAUUACUGGGAGAGCGAAUGAAGGAGGAGAAAAACUCGCCAUAACAGUGAUAUCCAAAUUGCUAUGCUCUCCAUCAUCUCCUUCGACUCAAAUCAUUGCCAAUUGCACUCUUCUUGCUUGCGUCAUGGUCGGGGUUCAGAUUGACAAGAAGGACAUAAUUCGUGUUGACAAAAGUUCUGCUCUGGAGCAACUCGCGGAGACUCUUUUGACGCAGUUCCAAAAGGCUCUCUGGGCAUGCGAUGGAGGCAAUAUCAACGGUGACAACACAGCAGCAGCACGCCGAGCAUGGAAGCUCCUCGACGUCAUCUGUCGCAUUCUCGAGCUUGCUGGAUAUUAUCCACCUUCAUUCCAUACGAUGCGGAACCUGGAGGCGUGCAGGAAGGUUUAUUCACGGGCGAGGUCAUCCGAACAAAGUGAUCCCUCUGCUUUGUUGGCAGCUCUACGAAAGGUACUGCACUUCACGUUCGCUGCUGCCAGGGUGCCUCGGGACCCUGACCUGCUGUGGUAUGCCGAGUUUUUGCAAGGAGAUUCCCACUCGCCAGACGACUCCGACUGGCUGGUGGACUACCUCGACUACAUUUACAUUGAUUCCGGCGACCACGAGACAAUAUAUGACGUUCUUUUGCUACUGGGUGGUAUAACAGUGCGCUGCAGCCCGGCCAAACAACAUGUGUUCAUCGAGAGGCUCAUCGCCUGCAUGGACAGUAACAUGCCUGACCAUAUACGCCACGCUGCUCUUCACACUGCUUACAGUUUCCGAGAAGACAUGGCCUCGAUCGACGCCAUGGAUGAUGCGAUGCGGGACGCGGUUUUGACCAAGCUCUCCCCCGCUAUUUUGUCCGUGGUUUAUACGCCACCCAGUCCAACACCCGCCAAUGAUGACCCUCACCACUCUUUCAACAAUCCCCGUGACCUGUGCUAUCUCAAACUGGUCUUUGCCCUUGCGGGGAAUUCCGAUUGGCACCCCCAUUUGUGUCGGGAUCACCAUAUAGAUCAGUGCAUUAGCUUGAUUGCAGAGUACUGCAAACCAGACGAUGAACAUCCCUUUUACAUAGCUGGUAUCCUCCUCCGAAUCGCAUCUGAAAAGACGGCGGUUACACCACUCGAUUCUUUCACAGAGCAGCAGUGGUGGGACGUGAUGAGAAGCGCAUGGUCCCUACAUUAUUCCUUGAUCCUGGACGACCGCUAUUUCGAGUUUCUCCCCAUCCUUGUGGAAGGCACAAAGAGGUAUAUGCAGAUUGCUUCAAAAUCUGAUCUCCCACAGUUCAUUGGAAAAGUGGACGAUGUUCUCAACAUACUGGAGAGGAGACAGAUGAGACGGAUAAGAGGUUUAGCGCAGGCGCCGCAGGGAGAGGGGGUCGCUAUUGCGGCUGUGAAGGACUUGAGGACUGUAGCCAGGGACACGCUUGAGAGGUUUGUGUUGGAACGGGCAGGACUGCAAGGGAACCAAGGCCAAACCUCUGUAGCAGGAGGCGACGGCUCUGUCUAUGCAGGACCGACUACAACAUGCAGUAGCGACUACCUACGAGCCAGGACUCCAGCCACUGCGCCAGGACCCCCGGCACUCCCACGGAGGACCUGUGCCAGAUCUCACCGCUCCAGUGUGGGAGGGGAUUAGUCUAUCAAUGUUUGAAUAUGGCACAGAAGAAUAUCACCCGUCCCAACCUUAAAUUACAGUCGUUCGGUUUACAUUAUGGUACUCCCUAGACAUUAUUCUAAUCACGCCCUCCGUUGUGUUUGAGUUUGAAGGCAAAGCUGACCAACACUGGCAGGUAGAAUCAAUCGAAGCGAUGAAACGCUUUGAAGCAGAAUCCAGAUUCACUGGGCCCCAUUGACCGCUCCAUAACGCGCACAAUCUCAAAUGCUAUUAGCAUCGGCAUGCUAGCUAAUAAGUAUCCAACUAGCCUCCAAUGUAUGCAUCA